CCCUUCCCCACUUCCCUUCGCGUUCAGUCAGGAGACGCGAAGGUGGGCGGAACGCAAGCGGGCUGUUUCCCGCCUCCUCAUCCUUGCAGGAAGCCGACUGAAAGCCAGCCAGCCAGCCAGCCAGCUGGAGGGGGCCGGUGCGGACCGCGACCCCCGAGGAGUCCUUCCAGACGGAUGGGCCGGCGGGCUUCGAAGGCCAACUCCUUUGGGAAGAAGCGGCCGCCGGGCUGAAAGGAUUGAUUGACUCUCUGCAGAGAGUCAUCAGCACACAACAGAGGAAAGAUGUGGCUGAAGCUGUUUUUCUUGCUUCUGUAUUUUUUGGUCCUGUUCAUCCUGGCCAGGUUUUUUGAGGCCAUUGUUUGGUAUGAAACUGGCUUCUUUGCUACCCAGUUGGUGGAUCCUGUGGCACUGAGCUUCAAGAAGCUGAAGACCAUUUUGGAGUGCAGGGGCCUUGGAUACUCAGGGCUUUUGGAGAAGAAGGAUGUCAGGGAGCUGGUUGAAAAAUCAGGAGAUCUUAUGGAAGGUGAACUUUACUCUGCUCUCAAAGAAGAGGAAGCUUCUGAAUCGGUUUCCAGUACAAACUUCAGUGGUGAAAUGCACUUUUAUGAGCUGGUAGAAGACACAAAGGAUGGCAUCUGGCUGGUACAGGUUAUAGCAAAUGAUAGAAGCCCCUUGAUGGGAAAGGUCCAUUGGGAGAAAAUGGUGAAGAAAGUAUCAAGGUUUGGCAUACGGACAGGAACAUUUAAUUGUUCCAGCGACCCAAGAUACUGCAGGAGAAGAGGUUGGGUAAGGUCCACAUUAAUUAUGUCAGUUCCACAAACUAGUACAUCCAAAGGGAAAGUGAUGCUUAAAGAAUACAGUGGGCGAAAAAUUGAGACGGAGCAUAUUUUCAAAUGGAUAACAGCCCAUGCAGCUUCUCGCAUCAAAACAAUCUUCAAGUCGGAACAUUUGAAAGAAGAAUGGAAUAAAAGCUAUCAAUAUAGGGUGAAAAUAUAUCUCUUUGCUAAAUUAGACCAGCCUCCAGCUUUCUUCUCUGCACUAAGUGUAAAGUUUACUGGCAGAGUUGAGUUUAUAUUCGUAAAUGUUGAAAACUGGGACAACAAGAGUUACAUAGCAGAGCUGGGCAUCUAUAAGACACCAUCUUACAUCCUUAGAACUCCAGAAGGAAUUUACAAGUAUGGGAAUAACACUGGUGAAUUUAUAUCCCUACGUGCCAUGGACUCCUUCUUACGUUCCUUACAACCUGAAGUUAACGAUUUAUUUGUUUUAAGUUUAGUCUUAGUCAACUUAAUGGCUUGGAUGGACCUUUUUAUUACUCAGGGUGCUACUAUAAAGCGCUUUGUUGUUCUUAUAAGCACUUUAGGAACCUAUAAUUCUCUCUUAAUUAUUUCCUGGCUACCAGUCUUGGGGUUUUUGCAGUUACCUUAUCUAGACAGCUUUUAUGAAUACAGCUUAAAACUAUUCCGGUAUUCUAAUACAACAACCCUAGCUUCAUGGGUAAGAGCUGACUGGAUGUUCUACUCUUCACACCCUGCCUUGUUCCUCAGCACAUAUCUGGGUCAUGGUUUGCUAAUAGAUUAUUUUGAGAAGAAAAGGCGGCACAAUAACAACAGUGAUGAAAUUAAUGCCAAUAAUCUUGAGUGGCUCUCAAGCCUUUGGGACUGGUAUACUAGCUAUCUGUUCCACCCAAUCACUUCAUUUCAGCAUUUCCCCUUUGAAUCUGAUUGGGAUGAAGACCCCGAUCUCUUUCUAGAGCGCUUAGCUUUCCCUGAUUUGUGGCUUCACCCUCUGAUACCAACUGAUUACAUUAAGAACUUACCUAUGUGGCGAUUUAAAUGUCUUGGAGGGCAUUUGGAAGAGGAAACAGUGGAAAUCUCUCAGAGUGAAAGUGACUCAGAUAGUGAAUGCAGAGAUGUCCUAAGUCAUGGCAAAGAGGAUGAGCAAAUUUCCUGUGAAGGAGAACCCUUAUGCAAUGCAGAGUCCUGUUCAUGUGCCAAAGCUAGAUCAUACGGGUCAUCUAAUGCUGCAGAAGAUACGGAGCCUGACUGGUCAGCUUGGCCUGUUGGUAUGUUACACUGUACAGAAUGUGUUGUGUGUCUGGAGAAUUUCAAGAAUGGUUGCUUAUUAAUGGGCUUACCAUGUGGCCAUGUCUUUCACCAGAAUUGCAUUGUGAUGUGGCUAGUUGGGGGGCGACAUUGCUGCCCGGUUUGUCGAUGGGCCUCUUACAAGAAGAAGAAGCCAUACACACAUCAUCAGCUGUUAUCGAACCACAGCUCAUCUUAGCUAGGCACUGAUAAUGUCCUUUGUAAUCUUCCUACAUAUUUACUGCUUGCCAUUUAAAUGUUAAUCACAAAACAGACCGUGUGGUUUGAAGUUUUAGUUUAAAUGUUAGUGCAGUGAAGUAAAAUAAACAUGAUGCUAACGUUGAUGACAGAAUCAUUUGGUUGCCUUGUAUGUUGAAAUAAUGAAUACAUAUUGUACAAUUACAUCUUUUGUUUACAACAUUGGGAAGUUCAAAAGUUAACAUAAGUUUCUUUAGUUUGCUUAUUUUUGCAAGCACAAAAAUCAGACAUUUGUCAACAAAAGUAUAUUUCCGCAAAUGUUUAACAGAAUAGGAUUUGGGUAAAGAUUGAGAUUUUUAACAAGGAAUAAUUGUAUUCUCGAAGGAAUAAUUGUUUUAUUUAAAUGUUUCUUCCUUUAGCUUUGUUCAGCACACCUUUGUUGAAUAAUGUAUGGUUUGUGAAAAUACAUUAAAAAUAAAUCCAUGGAAAUAAAUUAUUUUAAAAGAAGGUUAACAUUUUGUCACAUUAAUCAUUCUAGUAACAGUUGUGUGCCUAUGCUUUCUCUCUUCUAUGCAAACAAUAUUUCACUCACUGUAUUUUUAUGCAGUCCUUGUUCUGAGAAAUAAAAACUUCAGUGUUUCUUAGUAA